UUUGUUUCGUUUUGGGUUUGUUCUCAAUCGAGGGAAGGGAGAACGAGGUCGCCGCGGUGCAGAGAUGGACGAAUCAAGGUAAUUUUGGGUUGCAUGUUUAUCUUUGGCGGUUUCUGAUUGUGUUUUUUUGUUUAUGUUUUGGUUCUCGCCGAGAGGAGAAGCGGACGUGGGGUUUCAAUCGAUAGCGGGAAGAUGGAAAGGGAGCAUCCACCGACAAUUCCUGCUGCGGCCGGAGGUGUUGACGACGGAAAAAGGAGGCAGACCCUUUUUUUAUGGUUUGGGAUUACGUACGAUACUUGGGCCUAUUUUCUAGAUUUUUAGGGCCCAAAAUGAUAACCUGAGAAAACCAAAUCCAAAGAGGACGGUUCUCAAAAUCUGAUUUCGCCCUAAAGUUUUAAAACGAAAGAAAAGUUUUCAAAACAUUGGCCUCGUUAGUUUCUUUUAUCUUUCUA